CAGCGGGAACUCUUCUACAUACUCCUGGCAUAUGCGGAGUAUAACCCGGAGGUGGGCUACCGCAGGAACCUGAGCCACAUCGCCGCCUUGUUCCUCCUGUAUCUGCCUGAGGAGGAUGCAUUCUGGGCCCUGGUGCAGCUGCUGGCCAGUGAGAGGCACUCCCUGCAGGGAUUCCACAGCCCAAAUGGCGCAGUCCAGGGGCUCCAAGACCAUCAGGAGCAUGUGGUACCCACGUCACAACCCAAGACCAUGUGGCAUCUGGACCAAGACAUAGACGCUGGUCUAUGCGGGCAGCAUCUCUCGUUAGGCUGGCUUCUCCGGACGUUAAUGAAGAUCUCUCUCGGGCUGACCCUGUGCCUGUGGGACGUUUACCUGCUACAAGGAAAAGAAGCACUGAUGCACAUGACCACCAUUGCAUUUGAGGUGCAGAAGAAGCGCCUCAAGGAGACCAGUUCCGGCCUGUGCGCAUGCAUCGCGAGCCAGUUCUGCCAUCACUGGGCCAGGGAUGAUGACACGGUGCUCAAGCACCUCAGGGCCUCUGUGAACAAACGAGGGAGGAAGCAAGCGGACCUGCCACCCCCAGGCCCAACAGCCCUGGGACGAAUGUGUGUGGCAGGAAACCCACAGCCAGUCCCAACCCUGGGGGCAGUCCCAGGAGCCACCCGCCAUGCCACGACAGCUUCCCCACGCCAGGCAGCACACACCCCCCCUCUGGGAUCAGCAGACUACAGGCUUGUCCUCAGUGUCAGGCCACGGGGCCACAGAGAGACCCCGAGGACUACAGAGAUGCAGGCAGGUGGGGCCCAGCCCGGAAAGGCCUGCAUGGGCUCCCUGGAGAUGCUGACCACGUCUGUUUUCCUUUCAGCCAAAGCCGAGCAAGGGUCCUCGGCACCCAGGCCUGUGCCAGCUUCACGUGGUGGCAAGACCCUCUGCAAGGGGGACAGGCAGGCCCCUCCAGGCCCACCAGCCCAGUUCCAGCAGCCCAUUUGGUCAGCUUCCCUGCCAAGGGCACCUCGUUCUUCCACACCCCGUCCUGGUGGGGCUGUCUGGGAAGACACCUACCCUGUGGGCACUCAGUGUGUGCUCAGCCCGGCCCUGGCUCAGGGAGGACCUCAGGGUUCCUGGAGACUGCUGCGGUGGAACUCCAUGCCCUGUCUCCCGACGGACCUGGAUGUAGGGGACCCUUGGUUUCUCCAUUAUGAUUUCCAACAGAGCUGCAGGGUCCGUGCCAUAUCCCAGGAGGACCAGCUGGCCACCUGCUGGCAGGCUGAACACUCUGCCGACGGAGUGAGAUUGGCUUUCGCCAAACUGAACAAUGUGGGCAUGGACUUCCGGGCCCUGCAGUGCACCCAGCACUGA